AUGUUCAAUCAUAUAAUUGCUGCGCAACGAAACAUGGCGUUGAAGCAACGAGAGUACGCGCUCACCAAGAAACGUUCGAUUCAUCAGAUGAUGGACAACAAAUCCUUGGGGUCAUCAUCUUGUACUGAUGUCGACAAGGAAACCCUAGAGCUGAAUAAAAAGAAGAAGCCGAGAACUGUGCGUUGGUGGGACGAGCUUGAUGAUGCCUUCAACGAUUUAAAUAGCGUGGUCAAGGGGUUACCAAAGUCAAAGGAUGCUAUGAAGAAGUAUGAGAGAUCAUUAUCAUUAAUUCAACGUGGUAAGUUUUUUGAUUUUUCGGAAGACGAGAGUCAUGUUAGUGAUAAUAACAAAACAAAUCAAGAUCCAUUGUUAGGCAGCUACAAGACCAAAAACAACAUCUCUCAUGUAGAUAGCUGCUUUACCUUUUGUAAUAUUAAUGAUCUCAUCAAGGAUACAAAUAAGGGUAAGGAGAGAUCAUUAUCAUUAAAUGAUCAUGAUAACUUCAUUGAUAUGAAUGAGGACAAGAUUCUAUGUGAGAGUUCUUGUAGUAGUAACAAGGGAACUCGACAUGUGACCCUUGAGGAGUUGGGUGUCUCGGUGGAAGAUCUCAAGAGUAUCCCAUGGAAAGCGUUUGAUCGGACGUGGGAGAUUAAGUCACAGACAAUGGAUCCAUGGGUUGGUGGAUACAUCAAAGACAUGCCCUCCUCUGCUGCUGAUUAA